UCACGUGGGACCUAAGCCGCUAAAGACCCACCCAAAACCAGAAGAAGAUGGCCCACGAGGGCAGCUGUUGUUACCAGGGCAACGGCUUCUUCCGUAGAUCCCAAGAUGGCGGAUGAGGAGAAACCUGCUGAGCUCUCAGCAUCUGGUGAAGCCAAGAAACGUCGAGCACCUAAAGCUCCAGAACUUCCCAUCGUGGAGCGGAGAAACUGGCUCAUCCACCAGCACUAUAUCCGCAAAGACUAUGAGACCUGUAAGGUAAUCAUCAAAAACCAGCUGCAGGAGACAAAUGGAAUGUGUGAAUACGCCAUUUAUGUCCAAGCACUGAUCUUGCGCCUCGAGGGCAGAAUCCAGGAGUCCCUGGAGCUUUUGCAGAGCUGCGCCAUCCUUAAUCCCAGCAGCACAGACAACCUCAAGCAGGUGGCUCGAUCCCUAUUUCUUCUGGGAAAGCACAAAGCUGCGAUUGAAGUGUACCAUGAAGCGGCUCGACUUUGCGACAAAGACUGGGAGAUCAGUCAUAAUCUGGGCGUGUGCUUCUUCUUCAUCAAAGACUUCAAGAAUGCUGAAGAACAUCUGAACACAGCUCUCCAGAUAAACAAACAUGACAAGACUUUCAUGAUGCUCGGAAAGGUUCACUUGGUGGCUGGAGAAACCGACAAGGCCAUUGAAGUGUUUAAGAGAGCAGUGGAAUUCUCUCCAGAAAAUACUGAGCAUCUAUCCACUCUGGGCCUGCUGUAUCUGCAGCUUAGAAAGUAUCAGAAAGCAUUCGAACAUCUUGGAAACGCCCUCACAUUUGACCCCAACAACUAUAAGGCCAUCCUGGCUGCAGGCAGCAUGAUGCAGACCCACGGGGACUUCGACGUGGCCAUGAACAAGUACAGAGUGGCGGCCUGCGCCGUGCCGGAGAGCCCUCCUCUGUGGAACAACAUUGGCAUGUGUUUCUUUGGGAAAAAGAAAUACGUAGCUGCGAUCAGCUGUCUGAAGCGCGCUAACUACUUAUCUCCUUUUGACUGGAAAGUCUUGUACAACCUGGGUCUGGUCCACCUGACCAUGCAGCAGUACGCCUCAGCCUUCCACUUCCUGAGUGCAGCCAUCAGCCUGAACCCACGGAUGGGGGAGCUCUACAUGUUGUUGGCAGUGGCUCUGACUAACUUGGAGGACGUGGAGAAUUCCACCAGAGCUUAUGAGCAAGCUGUGAAUCUAGAUGAAUCCAACCCCCUGGUCAACUUGAACUUUGCGAUCUUCCUCUAUAAUCACGGGGACAAGACAGCAGCUCUGGAUCAAUAUCAGGAGAUGCAAAGAAAAGUCAACAUCCUGCAGGACAGCAGCAGCAACUUAGAAUUUGAUCCUGAGCUCAUGGACAUGGCUCAGAAAUUGGGGGCUGCUCUGCAGGUGGGAGAGAGCCUGCAGUGGACCAAACCAGGCAAGGACUCCAAAUCCAAGCCUCACUCUGCAACACUGGCCAAAAGCCCAAGCGCUCCUCUUGGCACAAACCAAGCUCUGGGUCAGGCCAUGUCGUCAGCUGCAAGCUACAAUAAGAACAUUCAGCUUCCAGCAGGGGUUUCCAAAAGCCUUUUUGCGGCCCCUGAUCCAGAGGCCGAGGUUGGGAAUGACCCCGGCCUCCCCGCCGACCCUCCCGGCUCCCCACAACCAGCAGUGUGACGGUUCCCCGUCUGGAGCUUGGGAAAAGAAAAGGCGGGCAGAAGAAUGAACUCGAAGCCCUACGGUUCUUUCCAGCUGUCAGUAGGUCAGUCGUCUUUGCAGCUUCAACCACAGGAGCGUUUGGGCUUUAUUUUUAAUGUCACAUCUUGUUGGACGUAGAGCUUUUAGAAAUAUCGACCUUGGACCCUACAGGUUUACGUUUCAAUUCUUUUCACAUAAAAUCUAGCUGCAUCCCAGUUACAGUGAUGUGACAGAUUCUCCUUCUAGUGUGUGGAGGAGAAGCUGCAACAAUCACUGUUGAUUCUAGCAAACGGAGGCUUCUGACGUCAUACAUUAGGCUACAUGGCUUGUUUCUACCACAGAACUUGAAUGUAAAAUGCAAUACAUGCUUUUAUAUGUGGAUAAAUGUCAUGUGUAUAGAGUAUUUAAUAUUUAAAAAAAAAAUUAUUAAAAAAAUGAAUUUUGA